AUGGGGAACAACAACCAAACCCUGGCCACAGACUUCAUCUUCCUGGGUUUCUCCAGCCUCGCAGAACUGCAGAAGCUGCUUCUUGUGGUGUUUUUGCUGCUGUACCUGGUCACUCUGAGCAUGAAUACCACUAUAAUGAUUAUCAUAUGGGUUGAUCGGAGCCUUCACACACCCAUGUACUUUUUCCUUUGCAUCUUGUCCUUUUGCGAGACUUGCUACACCUUUGUCAUUGUCCCCAAGAUGCUGGUAGACUUAAUAGCAGAGAGAAAAACGAUUUCUUUCCUGGGCUGUGCUGUACAAAUGUACUUCUUCCUUUUCUUGGGGUGCUCCCACUCCUUCCUCCUGGCAGUCAUGGGCUAUGACCGCUGUGUUGCCAUCUGCCACCCCCUGCACUACAACAGCAGCAUGACUUGGCGAGUGUGUGCUCAGCUGGUGGUUGCUUCUGCUCUGAGUGGCUUGCUGAUUGCCCAGGUGGUUACCCCCUUGGUAUUUUGCUUGCCCUUCCAGGCAUCCAGGAAACUCAGCCAUUUCUUCUGUGACAUCUCCCCUGUCCUCCGAGUUGCCUUUACUCACACAAAUCUCAGCGAGGCCAUUAUCUUCACGCUGGGUAUCUCUGUCCUUACAAUACCACUGAUGCUGAUUCUCAUUUCAUACCUCUUCAUUGUCCUGGCCAUCUUGCAGAUCCCUUCAGCCCGAGGGAGGCACAAAGCCUUCUCCACCUGUAGUGCUCACCUGAUAGUGGUGGUUGUUCAUUAUGGCUGUGCCUCCUUCAUCUACCUGAGACCCAGCUCCAGCUACUCAUCGGAUCAGGAUGCAUUGAUCUCUGUCACUUAUACCAUCCUCACUCCCCUGCUCAACCCCAUGAUUUACAGCCUAAGGAACAAGGAUGUCAAAGUGGCUCUUCAAAAAGCAAUCAGGAAAAACAUACUAUCUCAGAAAGUUUUCCAGUGA